AACACACGCACCGUCCGGAGUCCGAAAAUGGAGGGCAUGGCAUAUGGAGCUGGGAAGGCUGGAGGAGCUUUCAACCCUAUAACGUUCUUCCAGCAGCCACACACCAUCCUCCGGAUCCUCUCUUGGUUUUUCUCCAUUGUGAUCUUUGGUUCUAUAGCCAACGAGGGUUACGUGAACCGACCCGACGAGACCCAGGAGUUCUGUAUCUUCAACAGGAACCAGAAUGCGUGUAACUAUGGACUGUUCAUGGGAACUAUGGCCUUUCUCUGCUGUCUGGCCUUCCUGGCCCUGGAUGUCUACUUCCCACAGAUCAGCUCCGUCAAGGACCGCAGGAAGGCUGUACUGGCAGACGUAGGGGUUUCAGCGUUCUGGUCCUUCAUGUGGUUCGUGGGGUUCUGUUUCCUGACCAACCAAUGGCAGGCUGCGAAGCAGGAGGACAACCCCCUGAGGGAGGGAGGGGAUGCCGCUCGCGCUGCUAUCACCUUCGCCUUCUUCUCCAUAUUCACCUGGGCGACCCAGUCCUUCUUCGGCUAUCAGAGGUACCAGCUGGGGGCCGACUCUGCUCUCUUCUCCCAGGACUACAUAGACCCCAGCCUGGAUGCUGGGGCGGCCGGGGACCCCUACACCUCCUUCACGGUCGGGGGGGACGACCUGGGACAAGGAGACCCUGUGGAGGGGUCCUCCUAUCAGGGGAUUAACGGCGAGGGGGGUGGGAGGUACCAGGAGUACUGA